CCCCACCGACGGGGUAUAAAAACUGGCUGCAGAAGAACCAGCUCAAUCUGACCGGAGGAAUCCGCCGAGAGUUACCUGAGAAGAUGGCUGAUAAUGGAUAUUGCAAAUAUACAUUGUUAUUCGCGCUCAUUAUGCUUUUCAAUGUUUCACUGAGCACUUCAGUCAGUCUCGAUUUAACGGAGCUCCGAAAUAAAGUUUCGAAAAUAAAAGUUCAUCCACGUGGAAAUCUUUGGGCAACAGGUCAUUUCAUGGGCAAGAAGAGCAUUUCAAACAGCCAGCUCCACGAUUCUCCGUUCCCCGUAAAGCCUGAUAGGACUAUUAUGGGAGAAUCGGGAAGUUCAGAGGAUUUGAAGGAGCUCAUCAGUCAGGAGAUGCUGAAAGUUGCUCUUCAGGCUCAGCUCGAAGAUCCAAAAAGGACACGAGAUGUUUAUAAUCAGGAAACAGACUUCAUGGUAAAGCUUAUGAAAAACUUAAUUGAAAAAAUACAUCUAUAGUGAAAGUGCAAUGGAUUUACUUGUAAUAAAAUUGACUAACCUUAACAUUGUGUACCAAAUGUAUAUGCAAGUCUGCUUUUAAUGUUUGUUAUAGACUUAUUAAUGAUGUAUUUUGGCAGCUGAAAGUGUCAAAUGUUAAAAAAGCAAAUCAAUAUUUUGCAUUAAGAUGUCUGUCUGAAUAUCCCAAUGGUCAGAUGAGUGAGUGAAUUGACUGAUAGAUGAGUGAAUGUAUUAAGUUAUUAAACAAAUCUGUAUUUUGAA